AUAAUAAUAUCAACUAAAAAUAAGAUAUAAAACUCUGAAAGUAUUAAUACUCUCCCUCUGUCUCCGUCUUCAAAUAAUGAUUAAUAUAACAUUAUUUAACAGAUAAUGAAACGAAAUUUGCCCAGAAAAGACAUUGCAUGUGUAUCAAAAAGUCGCUUGCGUCAAUUAGCUGCACAAGAAUCAGAACUUAUACGAGUAUAUGAUAGUUUCUUACAACUAAUAUAUUCACAUACGAUACAUAAACGUACAGAAACGCAUGCAAUUGAAAAUGGCACUAUUAAUGAACAAAAUGAGAAUAAUAUAUGUGCAGCAUAUGAAGAUGACGAAUGUCGACAGUUAAACGAAUCGGAUUCAGAACAAUCUCCUAUAAACAUUUCUUGUGACUCAAUACCUUAUGUGGCAUCUGAAAAUACAAGAGAUAGCGAUUUUAAAGAUAUCCUUGCUGUCUGGGCUACAGAGCAUCAAGUCUCACAUACUGCUCUGAGAGCAUUACUUCAAAUAUUAAAACAACACUCUUGUUUUUCAAAAUUGUCGACAGAUGCACGAUUACUUUUAAGAAUACCGAGAGAACAAGAGAUACGCACAGUAACUCCGGGAAUAUAUCACCAUUUUGGAUUACUUAAAUCUGUAUUAAAUAUAUUGACAUCCGCAAAGGAUAAUAUUGAUUGUGUGAAAAUAACUAUCAAUGUUGAUGGAUUACCACUGUCGAAAUCGUCAUCACAACAGUUCUGGCCCAUAUUAGGUUCAGUUCUUCCAUAUGAUAAUGUAUUUGUAAUUGGACUUUAUUAUGGAUAUGAAAAAUCGACAAAUGCCAAUGAUUUUUUGAAGCAAUUUGUUGACGAGGCUAAAGAUAUGUGCGAAAACGGUAUUACCAUUAAUGGUCGUAAUAUAAAUUGCAGGCUUGAGGCUUUAAUUUGUGAUACUCCAGCGAAAGCAUUUGUUAUGUGUGUAAAAGGACAUUCCGGUUAUUCCAGCUGUACUAAGUGUCAAACAGAAGGAGAAUAUGUAGGAAACCGAAUAUGUUUCCCACAAAUCAAUGCACCACCUAGAACAGAUAACAAUUUCAUUCGAAAGACUGACGAUAAUUAUCACAAGCCAGAUAUCACCUGCAGUUUGUUAGAAAUACCACAUUUUAAGCCUGUUACCAAUGUUCCGUUAGAUCCUAUGCACUUGGUGUUCUUAGGUAUUAUGCGCAAAAUAAUAUAUUUAUGGCUUUCUGGGAAAUUGGAUUAUCGGCUACAAAAUAGAGCUGUUGAAGAAAUUUCUACACAUUUAACAACACUGUUGAAACCUGCAAUACCUGUAGAAUUUGCAAGAAAGCCACGAACACUGAAUUGUGUGAAAUUAUGGAAAGCUACAGAAUAUCGACUGAUAUUAUUAUACACGGGUCCACUGGCUUUUAAAUCGAUAUUAAAGAAAAACGUAUAUAUCAAUUUUAUGACGCUACAUGGUUAUUCGCAUUCGUUCUUCACCAGAUUUAAAUCAAUACAUAAAUUAUGCGCAAGAUUUGAUAUUUUUCUUUAUUGAAACAUUUAAGAAACUAUAUGGUACUGAGAAUAUGUCACAUAAUAUUCACAGUUUUGUGCAUCUU